ACACUUAGUAAACACAAAGUGAUAUGACCAGUCUACCAGUCUAGAACUUCUCUUCUGUGACAGAACACGUGUUUUACUAUUUAAUACCCAUAUAUUUUAAAUAAUGAAGAUCACGCUGAUCCUCGUGCUGCUAUGCCUGGUCUGCAUCAGCACAGCCAUCCGCCAACGCUCCGACAGACGGCAGAUCCUCAUCAACCGGCCCAGGAUCGACACGUUCGGAGCGCGGGAGAAGCGCGCGCCCUGGCCGAGGCCACAAGAUGGAGUCAAGGGACGGAGACCAGCCACAGCUCCACCUAUCCCCCUUGAAAUGAAACUCCGCAAGGGCGAGUACGUCUGCGGUAACAAGAUCUGCAAGCUGGAGCCAGGAGUUGUGCCGAAGGGAUGUAAUGGAGAUUGCCAGUAUAGAAUCUUUAAAUAAAUAGUUUUGUAAUAAAUUCUACUUUUA